ACACACACACACACACACACACACACACACACACACACUCGUCGUGAGCGCGCAGCAGUCAGUUGGCAAAGUUUGACGCGCAGACUUCCACGGUGCACAUGCGUUAGACAGAAACCAGUGAACUAUGCGGGAUAUUUCUCAGUGACUGAAAAGAAUUCUUUUGGCUCCACGGUGAUAAGAAGUUGGGCGCCUGUAACCUCAAGUCUGGCCGUGAACGGAGCUAUAUUACCUUCCACCUGCGCUUCAGCUGUUUCGGAGUUUUUCUCUUGGGCGCUUAAGUUUGUCGAGGAAGGCAAAACGCGCUUCGAUAGUUUGGCACUUUGGCACAACUCGGGACGUCGUGCGCGCUAGGCGUCAGGCACAAGGAGUCAACAAGUGGCUUUUAUGUGCGGGUAGAGGGGAGAAAUACAGAAAACCCGAAGUAGAAAGUUGAUUGCGGGGAAUUUUAAGUAAGUCAUUUUUAAUCUGAGCCACUGGAGGAAUUUUAAGUUUGUCGGCACCAUGAGAGGAACACUGGUUUUCCAGAUGUGGAUGGUUUUAUUGUUGGGGACUGUGACUGAAGUCGGGAAGGCUCAGGUCUCCACCGCCAAAGUGAUGAGGGGCAACAACAGAAGAGACGACAGCAAUCGCCUCACCACAGACUUGUACCGCAAAGAGGAAAACGUCACGGUAACACCAGUGGGCGGAGCCAUCCACAGCCCACGCUACCCCAACGCUUACCCACGCAACCUGCUGUUGUCAUGGAAACUACUGUCACCACCUGGGAGCCGCAUACACCUGGAGUUUGACGGACACUUCGGCCUGGAGGAGGCUGAGAAUGGAGUGUGCAGGUAUGACUUUGUUGAAGUGGAGGACCAAUCAGAGACCAGCACUAUAAUUUGGGGUCGCUGGUGUGGGCAGAAGGCACCACCUAGUCUCAACUCCAAAACCAACAUGCUCAGAGUCACCUUCAAGUCUGAUGAUUACUUUGUUGCAAAGCCGGGAUUCCAAGUCUACUACUCGCUGCUGACCCAAACCAGUAAUCAGCAUCACGUCUACACAGAAGGCAGCGUGUUAGGAGAACAACCCUGGGUUCAGCCGCAAAGCCUGAAGUAUGAUUCUCCUUUACCUGCAUCCCAAACCAACUGGGAGGCCGUCACAAUGCCCAUGUCGGACAGCGGUGGAGGGAAGAUGUCGGCAGCAGUCACAGAGGAGGUUCCUUUCUCACUGGAGGAUUUAGACAGAACCAUAGCUGCCUUUGACACUGUGGAGCAGCUUCUCAAAUCCCUGAGCCCAGACACCUGGAGACAGGACCUGGAUAGCAUCUACACUCAAACACACAUACACUAUAGAUCCAGGGCCUAUCAUCUGGCAAGCAGACAUAACAAAGUGGAUCUGAAUCGUCUCUAUGACGACGUUAAGCGCUACAGCUGUACUCCUCGCAACUACUCUGUGAACCUGCGCGAGGAGCUGAGGACCACCAACGCCGUCUUCUUCCCUCGCUGUCUGUUGGUGAAACGCUGUGGAGGGAACUGUGGCUGUGGAACUAAUAACUGGAAUAACGGCUGCACCUGUCAGGCCUCCAAAACAACACUCAAACUACAUGAGGUGCUGAAGUACUCCCCAGAGGCUACUCUGCAUCAGCGCCACCAGAGGCCACGGGUUCGCUGGGUCAUCGAUGAAAUCUUCCUUUCGCAUCAUGAAUCGUGCGAGUGUGCGUGUCCCUCCCAGCCUCCUCGCUGAGACUCUCACACUGGCAUGUGCAUCUGGAACUGUGGGAUGUCUUCUUUUAUCUGUUUUGCAAUGGACUUAAUACUAUAACAGCACCGCUGAGAAACAUGCAGCAAAGAAGGCAAAUAUUUGACUGAUAAACUGCAGCUCGUAUCAUACACACAACGUUUGCUCUUGCAGGUAAACCUCCUGAGCCUUUCUCUUUGUUGUUUAAAAGCAUAAAUGUUUCCAGCCAAACAACUUUCUUGCAGCCUGGCGUUUAAAUCCCCACUUUUCAGACCACAUUUUAACAUCACAUGCAUCUUUAAGCGCUAAAGUAGCAGUUGACUUUCUCCAGAGAAAUUCACUUUUAAUUCAAUCAUUUUCUCCUCCUCAACUAAACUCUGAAACCCAUUUGAAAUAUAAAAAGAUCAUCACACAACAUUCUGAGAAAAUACCAGCAAUGUUGUCUUAAAUUUAAUUUACAUUUUGAUUAAAAGGGUUUUGAUGAAUGUCACCUUGAUUGAAUUGAAACUGAAUUGACUCCAACCACUAUUCAAACAGUCGUAUGCAUUUGCAGUUCUUUGUGUUAGAAUAAGACUAUUUCUAGAAACUUCUGGCAACUCUCCUGCCAGGAGCAUGCUGAGAUAAGUGAGCAUGAGACAGAAGGAGGGAGGUAGAGGGGUAGGAGAAGUUUACACCAAAAUAGCAUUUUAUCUUUAUGUGAAAUUAGGCUAACUUCAACCCUCCAACUCUGAAUCGCUCACAGACACGCUCACAUUCACUCAAGGCUUCCUAUAAACAAAAACUCUAGUUAUUUAUGCAGAAUUCUAAGGGUUCCUUUGUUUUGCACACAUUCCUGUCUGGAAAUAUUCACGUUUCCCGUUGUCUGCUCAUCCAUCCACACACCUCAUGCUUCUUUUCUUUCUCUCUCACUGAUUCAAACACACACACACUCUCUUUCCCUUCAUCACUUUCUCUCUGGAACACAUCAAAGGAGAUGUCAGAUCGGGCCGCUGCGCUGUGCCCGGUUUUUCAGAGCAUUCCUGGCAUUCCUGCUGCUAGGCCGAAUUCUGCUAACGCGGAUAAAGCCGUGAUCCUCAGACCCUAAACACAUAACAGAGGAAGGAGAGGAGAAACUCAGGAAGCACGAUAGAGAGGAAGUUUUGAGGAGAGGCGGCUGACAGAAAAGGGACAAUCAAGCGGCCUAUUUGUAGAUUACCAGCACUCCAGGAUGAGAGCGGAGAGAGAGAGUCGCUGUCAAGAUACAACACAUAAAAGAUUGCUGCUCAUUCAGCGGUUUCAAUCAGCAUGCUUGAGUUUUGGGCUUUUUUCCCCCCUCUUUUACUUGAAAAUGCUAUCACAGUCUGACCCACUGCUCUGGAACUCUGCAGAGAUCUGUAGGAAUUAGAGUAAUGUUCUUGGUCUCGGCUGAAAAUACAACUGCAACUCAAGCGUGUGUGCAGCUCAGGAAGAGGUCCUUUUGUUUCAGGGGUGGAGGGUUACCAACAGUCUGUGAGAGUCUGGCAGCAGAUACAAGCAUGUGAGCAGUCAGCAUGCGGCUGUGCGUGCGAGUGUGUCGUGCGCAUGUAUAGGUAGCUAUCAGAGCUAUCAGCGGCAUCAAAGCAAGAGAGCAAGAAUUCCAAUUAGCUGCUUACCAUUUUUCCAUAGACACGAUCCAGCUGUGAGAAAUAAAAGACGGUGUCAUCUGUCAUCUCUCCAUCGUCACCUCCCAUGUGUUCCACCAUCCACACACUCAGGCUCGCUUACAGGCUGGAUUUAAGCAGAGAAAAUGGGAUUUCACACACUACUUUUGUUCUAAAGACAGCAAAAACAAAGAAUAAGUGGACACUGAGACGAUUCCUCGGUCACAGUGAAACCCGAUCAGCUGCGUGCCAGCGGCAUUUUUAUGAGCAUGUGUCUACUGUAAGUCAAGGGUAUUAUUUGGCAGGUGCGGGAUUCUAAACACUCUUAGAUAUUGCAAAAGUAUGUCAGGUUGUGCAGUAGUCGCAUUCCACGUAAUUUGUCCCAGACACCAUUCACACACACACUCAUACACAGAGUUGUUUUUGGCUGCAGUUCAUCUAACAAAAGAAACUUGAUUUUGCUGCAAGCUUCUGUUUUCUUGUAAGGUUUGCUCUGGUUUCUGUGUGUCAUACUUUGAAUCACAAAGAUAAACAAUAGAGUUUGCACAAAGUGAGUGAUUUCUUCAGAUUUCACAGAGGGACAGUUGACAAGUAAAUAGCCAUGUUGUAUUUUCAGUAGAUAAUGAACCUGUCGGUGAGGUUAGUUUAACGUGCCAUUUAUCAAGAUGCUUUGCUGCAAAAUGUAUAGUUUUUGUACAACAGACUAAUUUAGAACUUUUAGAACUGAAAAGAAACAUAGCUGAUUGAUUGUUGAUCAACAGAAAUGCCUGAAUAUUCUCCAAAGUUGAAGGAUUUGCUGCUGUAAUCUGAAUAUUUGGGAGUUUUUUUGACAUUCAAUUACAUCACCUUCUGCAGUCUUUUGACAUUCCACACACUAAAAGGAUUAAUUCACUAAAUCAACUGCAAAUGUGAGUGUUGUAAAUGUAUGUGCAUUGGAUGUGUGUUUGUGUGUGUAUGCGUGUGUGUGUGUGUGUGUGCAUCCUGUGUCUGCCAGUUUGUUGGUGUUAUCAGCACAUUCCAUUGUUGCGUGCUCCAAAGUGACAUUCCUCUUUUUCCAUGUAGCUCUUUUGUUUUCUCCCCUAGUUCUUUACAGCGGAAUCACACGUAUUUCAACAUCAGGCAUUUCACUGGUUUGUUACAGACAACUAAGAACUUCAAAACCACACAGUAGACCUUUGAGAACAUUGCAGAUUACUUUACUCUCGUAUAUUAAUCUCAGUUUUCAUUCUGUUCAUGCAGUCAUGUUUUCAACUCGGAAAAUUUGUUGCUGUUAGUUUAAACAAACAAAAAUCAACCUGCUUUGCUGCAUUCAAAAAGUAUUCAUGACAAAACUGUAUGCUUUACCUAAAUAAUUUAUUGUCUUUCUCUGUUGUUUUAUUAAAAAUAUCAGCUGGUUGGUUUUGAUAAAUAAAGUAUUUCUAGCA